GAGACUUUACACGUCUUUUUACUCAGCUCUCUGUUCAAUCGGUGAAAGACUGAUGCAAAAUCUUGAUAUGGCUUUAUACUCACCCUAUCGGUGUCAAUAACAAACGCAUUCAUGGUGGUAAAUCGCUAGUUUUGCAUUCUGGUGGCAGAGCUUCACGGGGAGGUGGGCCCGGGGAGAUCUCUCCGGACUUGUCAUGUCAAACUUUGGGACCAAUCGCAAAGCUGCCCUGCGCAAUCUCGAAAGUAGAUGAGAGAGCCGGGCCAAUCGGCGGGACGGAAGCAUGGGAAGCCCUGCCUCCUGAUUUCAACAGAUUGAAAUGUAAGCCUGACUCCAGCGCCUUCAGGAAACAGAUCGAGAAUUUUGUCCCUCUUGUUCCUUAUCGCACAAGAAGAUUUUCUUGGGCGCGAUUUUGGACAGCGGACACGCUGGACGCGGAGCAGGAUCCACGCAGGCGGCAAGAACCGGACACCGUAUUCUUCAUUUGCGGCUUUAACACCAUGGAGCCAGCCUUCGGUGAAGUGAACCAACUCGGUGGUGUUUUUGUGAACGGCAGGCCGCUCCCCAACGCCAUCCGGCUACGGAUAGUGGAGCUGGCCCAGCUCGGGAUCCGACCUUGUGACAUUAGCAGGCAGCUGCGCGUCUCCCACGGCUGCGUCAGUAAGAUCCUGGCCCGCUACAACGAGACCGGCUCCAUCCUCCCGGGGGCCAUCGGAGGCAGCAAGCCACGGGUCACCACACCCACUGUUGUCAAGCACAUACGGACAUACAAGCAGAGGGACCCGGGGAUUUUUGCCUGGGAGAUCCGGGACAGGCUACUCGCCGACGGGGUUUGCGACAAGUUCAACCUGCCCUCCGUCAGCUCCAUCAGUCGGAUCCUCCGAAACAAGAUUGGAAAUCUGUCCCAGCAGAGCCAGUAUGAGUCUGGCAAGCAGGCGCCUCACCCACCGCCACAACCGACGUUACCCUACAACCACUUAUACUCGUACCCGACAUCUAAAGUGCCCACUCCCCCUGGCAUGCCCACCCUUCCCGGACACAUGGCCAUGCACAGGAUAUGGCCUUCCUCGCACUCUGUAACUGAUAUUCUGGGGAUACGGUCUAUUACAGAGCAACAAAUUAGUGACAGUCCGUCCUUUUCCAGCGCCAAACUAGAAGAAUGGAGCGCUAUAAACAGGACUAAUUUCCCACCAGCAAGCUCUCCACUAGUCAAUGGCAUGGAUAAACCGCAUUUAGAACCAGAGGCAAAAUACACACAGACGCCGAGUGGAUUGCCCACAGUGAACAGCUAUGUCACAGCGCCCAGCAUCCCUCCCUACCACCCUCCCACCCAAGUGUCACCCUACAUGGGGUACAGCGCCACCACGUCGGCCUAUGUGACCGGACCCACGUGGCAGCCGGCCAGUGGCAGUGCUCUAUCUCCCCACAGCUGUGACAUCGCCACCCCACUGGCCUUCAAGAGCAUGACAGCCAACCGUGACGCCAUCCACCCGGUCGCCGCCUCGGCGCUGUGAAGUCACCUCCGCAGACUGACUGGAGAAAGGGCGUGGGUAGGUGGGAGGGAGGGAGGGAGGGGUGCAAAGUUGGGGGGCGAAGAGGACAGGAGACUCCGAGUCUGUCCCCCGCGGCUUCAUUUCGUUCCCCGCCGCCAUCUUCCUACGAAGGACUCGGCCCCAGGAUGUGCGAGCAUGUGAGUCCCCCCACCUUCCUCCUCCUCCUCCACCUCCUCCUCCUCCUCACCACCACCACCAGCUCCCAGCUAAACACAAUCAAACCAAAGACACACAAAGGAAUAAACAGUCAGACUUUACAACUUGUUUUCUAAAAGAACUUGCAGGACAGGUGUUCUGAAGGACUGACGUAUGACUGCUACUCCAUCCAUCAACGUAAUUCCUCUUUACUGCACACUUCUGCAAAUGUCUUUGGGCAAAAUGGGGUAAUGUAUAACUUCAUGAAUAUGCAAUCAAAGAAAGGGGGGAAAAACUUUGCAUUAGUGUUUCAGGGUGCUUAUUAAUUGCUAUUGUUUUUUUGUUUUUGUUUUUUUUUGUUUUUUUUGUAUGUUUGUAUGCUUUUUGUUGUUGUUUAUGAUUUGAUAAAAGUAAUUGUCUUAUCAGCGCAUUGUUUUCCCACUUCUCUUUGCAAGAGCUCCAGAGAGAGGUUUUAUUUAUUAGAUUAAGGUACGUUGAAUGAAGUGCAAUUAGCCUCACAGACAGCAUGGAAAUCUCCACGCACGUUCAGACGAAAUUGGCAUCGGUCUUAUGUUGGAGUCUAGAGCAUUAACAAUUGACAAAUGUUGCACAAUGAAAUUGAAUGUAUCUUAUUAAAUUGUUUGCCUGUC